AUGAUUAAUACUCCUUUGAUCAUUGGAGCCAUUUUGCUAGGCUCUGCCUACGCGACAACUACUAGUACCAGUGGAAGUCUUACUGCCUUGACUUUCAACGUGGCAGGUCUUCCAUCAUGGCUCCAGUCCAAUGAUGUGAAUGGCUCCAAAACUGAGAAUGCUGAGGAGAUCGGUACUUAUUUCUCUGAAUAUGGUUAUGAUAUCAUUAAUAUGCAAGAGGAUUUCAACUACCAUGCCUAUAUAUAUGAUACCGAUAACCACACCUAUCGUACCUCAACCUCCGGUGGAGCGGGAAUCGGAAGUGGCCUGAAUACCAUUUCUAAUUACGACUGGGUGGAUUUCACUCGUACAAAGUGGGAUGAAUGUUCUGACGCGUCAGAAUAUGAUUGCCUCACCCCUAAGGGGUUUACAUUCAUGCGUUGGAAUCCCUCCACCGGUGUUUAUAUUGACGUCUACAAUCUUCACGCUGAUGCUGGAACUGAGGACGGUGAUGAGGAUGCCCGAAAUGACAACCUCCAGCAAGUCGCUGAUUACAUCGACACCUGGUCCAUCGGAAAUGCUGUUCUCAUCAUGGGCGAUACUAACAGCCGCUAUACUCGCUCAGCGGACACCGGUAUCCGUGUCUUCAAGUCCCAAAACAGCCUGAGCGAUGUCUGGGUUCAGCUGGUGAAGGAUGGUGUGUAUCCCACUGCGGGAGAGGAUGCAGACGUAUGCGACAACCCGUCCACAACUGAGACUUGUGAGACAGUUGACAAGGUUCUAUACCGUGGAUCGAGUAUUGUGACCUUUGAUGCUACAAGCUUCAAAUACGAUGGCGAGGAAUUCCUCAACACUGACUCCGACUAUCUUGGCGAUGUUCUUUCUGAUCACAACCCCGUCCUGGUGGACUUUUCAUGGUCGUUAUCCUCCUCUCUCCGACAGAGUCAAUUCUCUGGAGGACCCCAUGGCGAUUGGUUUAGUGAUCUACCAAACAUCACCUCUUCUUCUGCGGCUUCCGUUCUUACAUUUGCUGGUGGGGACCGAUUGGAUUCCGUCGCUAUUGAACUGAAAGAUGGCACCACGUUCAUCCAUGGUGGUAGUGGUGGUACAUCUACCUCCCUCACCCUUGCAUCGGAUGAGUAUUGGAUCCAGACAGAGCUUUGCACUGGCACUUAUAAUGAUGAAACUCGGAACUUUUAUAUCAAGGCCACUACUAGUGCGGGUAACACACUUGAGGCCGGAACUUCCACCAGCGACUGCUCCACUUUUAGUGCUGAUGAUGGAUUUGCCGUUGUGGGAUUCAUGGGGCAGGAUGGCGAUGAAGUUGAUCAGCUGGCCUUGAUCUACAUGGCCUACUAA